AUGUUCGAGACCACGCUGACCCUGCCGCGCACCAGUGUGCUCACGGAACCGUUGGGCAGCGCCGGAACCGGAACUGGGCCCUCCACAUCGGUGGCCGUUCAGACGAGCAAACGUCGCCGGCGGCGUCGAAACAAGCGACGUCGCAAGUCCUCGGUGUCCAGCAGUACCGAUGCUCCAUCGUCCCGCACCUACGAUCCCGUAAUGACGGGCAGUACACUGCGUUCGGGGGCGGCAUCGGCGGGCGGUGGCGUUGGGACGGGACCAGUGCGUAGGGGUCGGCGCAGGAGCGGGGUCAGCUCAUCUUCAUCGGCGGCAGCGGCAGCAGCAGCGGCUGCGGAGGAGGAGGCGGAGGAAGCCGAGGCGGAGGCGGUUCGACAGGAGGAGGCGGCAGAAAUCCUGAGCGGCAGCAGCAGCCCUUCGAUGUUUGUCGAUCCGCAGGACUUCUUCGAGACGCUUGACUAAAUCUAGAUUAUUUACAAUUCGUAGUAGGUUAAAUUUUGUUGUUACUUCCGUUCUCAUUUUUUACCCGCGCCACCGGCUUUCGUGCGCCUAUUUAAAAUAAUUGACAUUCUUUUAACUGUUCGAUUAUGCUAAAAAUGCGAUGCGGUCCUUGAUUUAGCGUGAUUUUUAAUAACUUUUAAACAAUAUUUUAUAUAGCCUCUGUAAGCAUAAAGUGUGUAAUAUUAUGAUGUAUAAUUAAAUUUGCGAAAUGUGCUGCGACACGACCCUUGAAACGGAUUUAAUUCUUUGUUUUUCGCUUCCACCGCCCGAACACAACACACCCUUCACCAAAAUAUAAUCUAGAAUCGAUAUUGAAGUGAACUAGCUUAGUGCAAAAACUGUUCAACCAUCUACUUAGCAAGUUAAUAGAGAACCGAAACCCAUAGUUAAUUGGUACACACCUACGUAGACUCUCCGCGUUCAAAUUUCUGUAUUUCCUGCGAUUUUCGAUGGAUUCCGCGUCAUUAUGUGUAUUGUGGCAAGACUAAGCAAAAGCAAAUGAACAUUUUAAGUGUAAUAUUUGGCUUUAGUAAUUAAGAAUAUUAAAAAUUAAUCUACAUAUACAAGAUUGGUCAUACACACAUACGGCAAGCAUGAAUACAAUUUAUCUGGAUAAUCGUUUAAAUAUAUUGUAUGGAUGUGUAUUUCAGGAAAA